AUGUCAAGGCCAGCAGACGACAACGAAGAGAAAGAUGUUGAGAUCGCACCAGGCGUAACAAAAGAGGAUAUUUACCCAUUUAUUUACGACAAAACAUAUCCGUUUGUGUUCUGUUCAUUAUGCCAGAGCGGAAUUAUCGUGCCAUCCGCGCAUACGCAUCUUCAAUCCAUGCAUGGAGAGGUAGUUAUAGAGCAGCGCAACAGAGCCGCGUACACGCUCAAAUUGCUACCCGGCAUGAUCCGGGGGAUUACGGAGCUCGAUAACUACCAAAGACCAGUUUCUGGGUGCAAAGCGAUACCAUAUCUCGGGUUACCCAAGACCGACGGGCUGAAAUGUAGAGAGUGUAGCCACCUGUGCCGCAAUAGGAGGAAUAUGCAAACCCACUGCCGGGUGCAACACGGAUUGCUCAGUGAGCGAAAGGUUGGGGCGCCAUUAAGAGCCGCUCUGCGGCGAAAGUUCUGGGUGCCAUGGCGUGAAGGGGUAAAGUGCCAGCAGUUGUCCAAGAAGGGGAAGCUUAGCGGGUGGUUUGAAGUGUGUGAUGAUGAGGCAAUUUGGGGAGACGAUCAUCAGCAAUCAGAUCCAUCUUGA